AUACAACUGUUGGAUUCUGCUUUGAAGAGAAAUACAUUGUUGUGUCUGGGGUGUUCUGAAAGUAAAUUGUUUCUUGCCCUGAUGUUGGCUAAAGAGCUGGCAUCACCAACCAGACUGCAACGUAGUCAAGGUGGUAAACGGACAUUUUACCUCACAGACACAGGUAAUAUGGUUGACUGUUAAAAUAUUAGACUUGGCAUGAGUUAUGUUAGGUGAAUUCCAUCAUAACUGACAUAGCUUUCAGAAAAAUAAUUUCACUUUGCAUCCAUGCCAUUAAGUGUGUUUAUUAUUGAACUAAUCAUGUUUUUGGCUCAUACAUUGGUAGACUGUCAAAUAAUAGUCUUUGUAAAGAGAUAUUAAGCAUAAUAGUCAAAAUUAAACAACCCCUAAAAACAGUUUUUUCCUAUCCUUAAAAUUCAAUUUUGUGCAACGUGGCGAUGUCUACAGUUCUGAAGAAAUUCUGGCAUCAUAUUUCCUUCAUCUCCUCUCUCCCCCCACCGACAUGCAAACACACUUUUUUUUUCACGCUCCUGAAUAUGUUAAUAUUCUAAUGUCCCGCCCGAUUUCUAUAGAACAAAAAGAAAAUAUUACGCACCAAAUGACCUUUUGAUAUUUUUAAGAAUCCAUUUUGCACAGUUAUCUGCAAUUUAAUUUGUGAAAUCAUUGGCAUCUGGAAGCAUUAAAACUGAUUUUGGGGGUGGGGUGGGGCUGAAAAUGUGAUAAAAUAUGUUGCCAUUGGCAACAAGUCUGUGCGCCAAGUUUCAGCUCGAUAGGGUGAUGGGAAGUGGGUCAAUUAGCCAUCUGACGAUUUUGCCUUACACACAAAAACACACGAAAAGAAAGGAAGUUAAUAUAAAGAAUUUAAAACUUGUAAAUUUUUUAAUUGUAACUGACUUCACAUGAACAAGACAUGAUAUUGGAGUUAGCAUAUUUUUUGUUGAUAUCCUCUGAAAUCUGCAUUAAUUGAAAUAUAUUUUUUCAAAUAAAUUAUCUACAGUCUUUACUUUUCUGAUGAAAACCUUGAAAAAAAAAAAAAUGAUUGCAAAAGCACGUUUAAAAAAAAAUAAUAAUGAUAUAACUUACGUAAACAUAAAAAAUAGCAUUUUAAUGCUUGUCCAUCAUAUGACAUGACCAUGACAAUGAAAAAUGUCUGCCUAUAUUUAUUAGAUAUUAACACUAUGAAAUUCAAAGAUGGCCACCAGGUCAUGUGUCAAACCAAAACAAAGAUACUAAAACUGAAUCCGUACCAAGAAGCAUGAAAUAAAUUCAUAUAGCAACCAAAUUUUAUGCAAUUUAAUUUUUGGAAGUUGUAUCCGAUUUCAUAUCGAAUUCACUGUUAAGAUAAAAGAUUUACAAACCAGUUAACAUUUAAGUAAUAUGAGAAUGAAAGACGUCAUUUUUAAAAGUGAAAAUAUCAUAUAUUUUUUAAAUUAAAUUUUCUACUUUUUUUUUGUUCAAGUUCUAUGUGUGGGAAGAAAAUAAUAUUUUUGUUCUUCUUUAGAUGAUGAUGUGGAAAUGCUUUACCAGACGUUGCCACAUCACACUGAUCUGCAGGUGGAGUUUUGUUACCCUCAUUCGCUUUUAGAAGACGACACUCAAGAUGAAAUUAGUGGUACGCAAAUGUCAUUGCAAAAGUGGUGCCUGCUUGUUGAUUCCAGCAGCAUUCUUGUCUGCAGUGGUCACCUCUUUUUAACAGCUCUUUGUAAAAACUACAUAGAUCUGAAAGAGGUGAACUUGCUUGUGUUUGAUAACUGUCAUAGAGCGGUAGAAGUGGAGAACCACCCUUACAAGGAGAUAGUGAACGGAAUCAAAAGUUUACCUCAGAAAUCUGAUCAACCGCAUAUCCUUGGUGUCACUGCUUCCAUUGCCGGUACUGACUGCAGUGAUCCCUUGAAACUGCAGCAGACUAUAUCAGAAAUGGAGGAAGCCAUGUUUUCCUAUGCAGAGACAUCUAUGCUCAUUCUGUCUGAGCGAUUUGGAUGCCGCCCAAAAGAGUCUGUUGUCCAGUGUCUUGACCUUGAACUUGAUGAUGAGCAAGAAGUCCUCAAAGAUACGUUGGAAGAGAUGUUAGAGCAAAAUUAUUAUUUCUUUUCUGAUUGUCGAAUUGCUGUGGAUGAGACUGUGGAUAAUCGCGACCCAAGAGAAACUCCAAUGCAAGUUUUAUCGCAGUGUCUAAAUAUUCUCAACGUUCUAGGUUCUUGGUGCACUGCGUCUAUAUCAGAGUACUUUGUCAUGCAGCUUGAGAAAAUAGUCAAAUGUGAGAAAAAUGAAAUACACAAGAAAUUUUUGAGAUGUGUUAUAACAACUCUCAGAGUACUCAUCAAAGAAUUCGAGAAGCAGUUCCAUCCAGAUUAUCAUGUAAAUGAGUUGCUGGAAUACACGACACCAAAAGUAAGAGAGCUCGUCAAAGUGCUGCGCAAGUACAAGCCGGAGGUUGACUUCAUUAUUGUUAGCAACGGUGACAGCUUUAAUGAUGAUGAAGAAUUCUCCGACCUCUCCGACGAGGAUGAUGAUUCUAUAAUGUCUGAUUCAGAUGGAGAAGACAACAGCGGGGAGCCUUUUAAUGGGAGUUCAAAACCUAUGCAUAUUGCGGUCAAGCGGACAGCUGACGGAGGGCAUGAACGAAUCAUGACAUUCUCUGAGGAGGAGGAGAAAAACCUUUGUGGAAUAGUCUUUGUAGAAAAUCGUUACAUAGCUUUUGGUUUAAAUAAAGUCAUUGAAGAGGUUUGCUCCUGGGAUGAAAAUCUCUGUUUUGUAAAGAGCUGCCACGUCACCGGGCAGGGCCUGCGAAGUGCAAACGGAAAGCCACGGGUCAAUCGCACAUAUAAACGCCAAGAAGAAGCCCUGAGAAAGUUCCGGACACAAGAGUGCAAUCUUGUUAUCGCCACGCUAGAACUGGAAGAAGGUAUCGACAUCCCCAAGUGCAAUUUAGUCAUCAGAUUUGAUCCUCCUAAGGAUUUCAGAGCUUACGCACUCUCAAAGGUAAUAACAUUUUUUUAAUGUGUAAGUUCAGAUUUGACCAGGACCUAGCAAUUCUUAACCUUGAAUUGUAGAUUAAAAAUAUUCCCUAAAAUGUACAUAAAUCAUCUAAGCCUGAAUGCCACCACAUAGAUUAUCUAAGCCUGAAUGCCACUACCAAGAUAUCUAUCAUUAAAUGUUAAAUAAAUAUUUUCCAAAUGUACUUUUGCACUAUUAAAAAGAAUAUGAAUGAUAUUCAUCUCAGUCUUAUAUUUUGCCUCUUAGCUGGGAACUACUUUAAAAUGAUGAUUUGAUUACUAUAUAUAUAGUGUGUUGUUUCAUUUGUUUAUCAUCUUUUCAUAAAAGUUUAUAAUAAUCUCUUUAAAUCUUGGUCCCAGGGCAGAGCCAGAGCAAGAGAUGCUGCUUAUGUCAUACUUUUAGAUGAUGAAAAUUUUGAAGGCUUCAACACAAGCUUAAAAGUGUUCAAAGGAAUAGAGCAGGUAUAUUUAUUAUGGUCGUCAUGGUGAAAUCAUCCUUAGGAAAAGAAUUUCUUUAAGAUGCACACAGAUAUAAUAAGAUCUCUAAGAUUUGUCAAACUCUGAUAUCUAUAUUUGAUAGGUUUCAUUCAUCUGAUUCUUUAACACAUUGUUCAUAUGUCAAAUACACUGAAGUAAGCACAUGUCCUUUUCCAUUAUUAAUGUAACUUUGAUCUAUAACUAUAUCGAACAGACUGUACAUUUCAUCAACACAUGUAUAGGCCAGCUGGCUAAAAUUGAGAAUGAUAUACAAACAUCUCCUACAAAGUUCUUUAUAUGACUGCUGGUGAAAUAAACACAGAUGCUAAAAGACAGAAUAGAAAAUACAUUUUAAUUACCAUAAAAAUACAUCACCAAGUACAAUGCAGGAAAAGCUUUCAUUAACUAAUGAAUCACUUAAAAUCACAUAGCGCACAAUAAAACACAAUAUCCAUGCGCAACAAUUAUUAGUGAGCUCCCAUAAUGGACAAGAUGCACAGAUAUAAGAAUCUCUAUAAGAUGCACAGAUAAAAGAUGUUCUAUAAGAUGCACAGAUAAAAGAAUUUCUAAGUAAAAGAUGCACAGAUAUAAGAAGUUUUAUAAGAUGCACAGAUAAAGAGAUUUUUACAAUCAAGAAACUUAAUAAGAUUUUUUUAAAUGUAUUUCUCUUAGGUUCUACUAGGUGAAAAUAGAAGUCUUCAGGCGAUCAGAAGCAAUAUUCCUGGUGAAGAUGCAGACAAUGAAUAUGAUAGCAAGGAUGAUGAUGAUUCAGAUGCCAGCAGUGAUGAAAGAGAUAACCUGCCCCCUUAUUGUACCAUGCCCCAUUCCCUUAGUUCACCUCAUGUUACUUUGCAAGGGGCAAUAGCCCUAAUCAAUAGGUAGGAGUGCUAGUGACACAUCGUUUUAAUCCGUAACUAGAAGAUUAGGUUAAAUAUAUCACGUUUAGCAUACAUACACAAUUUGUAGGUUAUUUUCACGAUAACUCUUACUUUUAUCACAUAAGUCUGUUUGUAGUUCUAUUUUGUCUGCAACAUUUCAGAUCCAUUAUAAAACAUACCAGUUUAGUGAAGUGUUUAGUAGGGGUGUGCCGGAAUCCGGUUCCGCCGGAUUUUGCAUUAUCCGGUGAAAUCCGGUUCCGCCGGAUUUACACGUAUCCGGAACAACCGGAAUCCGGAAUAUACCGGAUUUCGGAAUUUGCCAGAUUUUGUGACUCACCGGAUCAUAAUCUGAAAUAAAAGUAAUUCUCUUUCCCGAAUUCCACAUGAUCACGAUACAUUAAUCGAUUGUUUCGAGCGUUGAGCUUGUUUAAUGUUUAAUAUUCCGAACAUACCAGAGGCUAGAGUCAGCACCGCUAAUAGUGGCCAAUAGUGUAGGGACUUUGAUAAGAAAAUUUAAACUUUUUGUAAAAAUAAACCAAUGGCAUAGUUGAAAAGAUGUAAUUUUUUAAAGAAUUAUAACACCAAAAUCAUAUUUUUAGCCGUUGUAGUUUUAAAGUUAUGAAUUUUUAAAGUACGACUUGGUUUGUCAUUUUUUAACAUGGACUGCAUCUCCACAUUCUGUGAUCUCAUUCCGCCAAUCCCGUCAUGCGCAAUGACUAUAUAGUUUAUAUAAGGCAACGCAUUCCCUGCCUUAUCACUAAAAUACUGUUUAGACUUAGUUUAAACUUUCAACUUUGGCACAUGAAUAAUUAAUUAAAGCUUUCCCUGACCAAUGGUUUAAUAGUUUUUGCACACGGCAAACUCUUAUGAAUGAAACUCUGAGGUAGUACUACGAUACAGUUAUGCAAGUGGCUGUGAAUGGUUGCCAAUGACAACGUGUUGCACACGGUAAAUUCUGAUCAUUUAUAAUAUGGAUUCUACCGGGUUGUUAAAGCUCAAAUUAAAACAUUCCAGUUUAAAUGUCUUUAAAUGCAUUCUGAAACACAAGUUAUCAAUUAUUUUGAUGUAAAUAGUGAUAAUAAAUUAAUAUUUCCUAAGUAUCGUCAACUUCCGCCAUUAAAAAGGGGGGCGUGGCCAACCCCAUGGCGAAAUUAGGUUGAGCGAGCUGCAUAACCUGCUGCGAACGCGUAGAAACAUGGCGUCUCUCGUAAGACACUUAUCCAAAUGGAACGGAACUCAAAUAUAUAUCGAAAGUACUAAUUUAAUAAUAAAUAGACACACACAUCGGAAAAUUAAAAACUCGGAUUUUUUGGCGCCGAUUGCGAAUUCCCAUACACAAAAAGUAGUAGUCCACCUUGACUUACCGAAGUAUCUACCAAUAGUACCAAAAUCCGGAAUCCGGGAGAAACCGGAAUCCGGAUCCGGCAGAUUUCGCAUAAGAAAAUCCGGAUCCGGUUGGAAAAAACGGAUCCGGCACACCCCUAGUGUUUAGAAAUAACAGGUUCUAAGCACCACUCUUAAUUAAUUAACAGACAACUUUUAGGAUUAGUCCACUUACGCAGGAGCCGUUGCCAUUACAUAUUGGCUUUAUUGUUUUAAAAAAAAAUGUUUUUCCAGAUAUUGUGCAAAACUUCCCAGCGAUGCAUUUACUCACUUGACCCCUCAGUGUCGUAUAGAAAAACUGGACGGCUAUGCCCCCUCUUACAUCGCUAACCUGCGUCUGCCAAUCAAUUCUCCUGUCAAAGAGGAGCUGAAGGUAAUCAAUUCUCAAAAAUUUUUUUUGUCAUCUGUCACAAUUGUGUAGACUUUGCAGGACAAAGUCACAAGCGCUGGGAUAUUUCUUUAGGAGGAUAAACUAUUCUCUCUCGAUGCAUCUGUGGAACCCAAAAGAAAAUCAAAUUCUUUUAUUUAAUGAUAAUAUAAUUCAAGAUUCUAAAUUUGCAAGUAGCACAUAAUGCCAAGUUUCUUACUUCAUCUUAUUUCCUCAGGGACCUGCAAUGAGAACCAAAAAGCUUGCCAAGAUGGCAGUAGCCCUAAAGAUGUGUGAAAUCUUACAUAAAAAAGGUAAAAUAUGAUUAUGUUUUGAUUUCUGUUUGUUGUUUUUGGAGAUGAAGACUUUUAAACGAAAUUUUCUUUUGAUUGUCUUGUACUCUUAUUCAAUCUGUCACAUAUCCCAUUCUUAGUGUUUUGUUAAUUUUUUAAACAUAGUUGCUUUGACAUAUUUUUUUGAGUUGAACCCCUCCACCAAACAUACACAUUUUGCUUGGCUUUGACAUAUUUAUUGAGUUAGUUGACCCCUCCACCAAACAUACACAUUUUGCUUAGCUUUGACAAAUUUAUUGAGUUAGUUGAACCCCACCACCAAACACAUGGACACUUUUCUUUGUCAUAUUAAUUGAGUUAGUUGAACCCCUCCACCAAACACAUGGAUACUUUACUUUGACAUAUUUAUUGAGUUAGUUGAACCCCUCCACCAAACACAUGGACACUUUACUUUGACAUAUUUAUUGAGUUAGUUGAACCCCUCCACCAAACACAUGGAUACUUUACUUUGACAUAUUUAUUGAGUUAGUUGAACCCCUCCACCAAACACAUGGACACUUUACUUUGACAUAUUUAUUGAGUUAGUUGAACCCCUCCACCAAACACAUGGAUACUUUACUUUGACAUAUUUAUUGAGUUAGUUGAACCCCUCCACCAAACACAUGGACACUUUACUUUGACAUAUUUAUUGAGUUAGUUGAACCCCUCCACCAAACACAUGGACACUUUACUUUGACAUAUUUAUUGAGUUAGUUGAACCCCACCACCAAACACAUGGACACUUUACUUUGACAUAUUUAUUGAGUUAGUUGAACCCCACCACCAAACACAUGGACACUUUACUUUGACAUAUUUAUUGAGUUAGUUGAACCCCACCACCAAACACAUGGACACUUUACUUUGUCAUAUUUAUUGAGUUAGUUGAACCCCACCACCAAACACAUGGACACUUUACUUUGACAUAUUUAUUGAGUUAGUUGAAACCCUCCACCAAACACAUUGACACUUUACUUUGUCAUAUUUAUUGAGUUACUUGAACCCCUCCACCAAACACAUGGACACUUAACUUUGACAUAUUUAUUGAGUUACUUGAAACCCUCCACCAAACACAUGGAAACUUUACUUUGACAUAUUUAUUGAGUUAGUUGAACCCCUAAACCAAUAAUGACAUAGACAACAUUUUUUGACAAAUUGAUAUUUUCUGUUCUCAGGUGAGCUGGAUGAAAAUUUGGUUCCUGUGGGUAAAGAGAUGUUCUUAUACGAAGAGGAAGAAGAGUGGGUGAAUGAGGAGGAUUUGGCUGGCCAAGCGCGGCCUGGGACCACCAAGAGAAAGCAGUAUUACAUUAAGAAGGUAGGUUUUUUAAUUCAUUAUUUUACUUACUCGAUAAGUAUAUUGGUUGGAAACAGGGCCAUACUUCAGUGGUCACAAAAUACUCAAAAGUUAAAACAUUACAAAAAAAGGAAACUAUACAUCAAACUGUUAGCAGACCAGUUGUAACAUAUGCAAGUGAAACUUGCAUUUAGCAAAAACGACAGAAAACCUAUUGGCAGUUCAAAGUUUUCCUUAAAAUUUACGAACCAUCAAAGGAUGAAUAUGGAUGGAGAAUACAAAAUAACCACAAAUUGUACAGACCAUAUCAGGAUCCAUAGUAGCAGAAAUAAAAAAAAGGGUAGGCUACGCUGGGUGGGACAUGUAGAAAUAAUGUCUAAUUAUAGAGGAGUGAAGAGGGUGCACCAUCAAAACCCCAGAGAAAAAUGGCUCAAAGGUAGACCUAGGCUUAGAAUGAUGGAUGAUGUGGUAAAAGAUCUACAGCAGCUUGGAAUUCAAGCAUGGAAAAGAAAGGCAUUAGAUAGUUCUGAGUGGAAGGAUGUGGUGAGGCAGGCCAAAGUUCUACAUGGGCUGUAGCACGCCAGGGAUGGAUGGAUAAGACAAUGAUUCUGAUAGGUUCAUUUUUUUUUUUGUUAUAUUUAAAAAAAUGAUAUUUUGGUAAUAAGUGUGUAUGUUCCAAAACUUGAGAAUUGCUUUACAGUAAUUUUUGCAAUAAUUUUAGAUUUUUUGGAAUGGAAUUUUUUUUUAAAUUUAUUUUUAUCUUUAGGCUAUAUUAAAUUUUUUUAAAUAAAACUAUUUCAUGCCUUGUAAUUGGGUUUACAUCAAACAGACAACGGAUGCAUUACUUCAGUGUCGCCCCAAACCCGGGCAACCUUGCUUCCUAUACUUGAUCAAUUUAAAGCUGACUGGACCAAUCACUGAUGAACAAAACACCAGGGGUCGUGUCAUCUAUGCCCCAGAGGAUACUGUACAGACUCUUGGCAUCCUUUUGUCCAAGAAAAUUCCUCUAGUUAGUACCUUGUUCUCCUUAUGAUUAUAGAGCUGUGGGUGUUUGUGAUAUAGAUUAUAGAGCUGUGGGUGCUAGUGAGAUAGAUUAUAGAGCUGUGGGUGCUAGUGAGAUAUAUUAUAGCGCUGUGGGUGCUAGUGAGAUAGAUUAUAGAGCUGUGGGUGCUAGUGAGAUAGAUUAUAGCGCUGUGGGUGCUAGUGAGAUAGAUUAUAGAGCUGUGGGUGCUAGUGAGAUAGAUUAUAGAGCUGUGGGUGCUAGGGAGAUAGAUUAUAGAGCUGUGGGUGCUAGUGAGAUAGAUUAUAGAGCUGUGGGUGCUAGGGAGAUAGAUUAUAGAGCUGUGGGUGCUAGUGAGAUAGAUUAUAGAGCUGUGGGUGCUAGUGAGAUAGAUUAUAGAGCUGUGGGUGCUAGUGAGAUAGAUUAUAGAGCUGUGGGUGCUAGGGAGAUAGAUUAUAGCGCUGUGGGUGCUAAGGAGAUAGAUUAUAGAGCUGCUGGUGUUAAUGAAAUAGAUUAUAGGUAAUUCGAUGUGGUGAAGAAGGUUCAAAAUCAUUAGAUAACAGGUAUUUUAAGGGAUUAAGUUGACAAAUGCAUUUUUGAUUAUUUUGCUGUUUGAUCUCAAAGGUUUAAAAAUUUUCCAACAGAUGCCUUACUUCCCUGUAUAUACAAGAUCAGGGGAGGUUACUGCAUCCAUAGACCUACAGCAGACCGAUCUGAUCUGUUCCGAGGAUGAGAUUAAUCGGCUUUUAAAUUUCCACCAUUUUGUGUUCUCCGGUGUUCUGCAUUUAGAAAAAGACCCGAUGGAGUUUGAUUGUGUCAAUGCAGACUGUGGAUACAUUAUUGUGCCUUUGAAUGGUACGAGAUUAAAAAUAGUUUUUAAAUGGAUUUAUGUUGUCUUUUGUAAACUGUAAGCAGUAUUAAGUGGCCAAAUGAAAGAAUGAAAUUAACUUAUUGAUUCAAAUUACAUUAAUAAUUAAAUAAGAUGUAUAUAUCCUAAACAGAAUUAAUUAACCUGAUUUCAUUCAGAUUCUUGACAUUUUUAUUUAAGUUGUUAAAGUCCCAAGUCAGCCCUAUGUUUAAUAAAACUCAGCCAAGACAACUUAAUAUCUUUGACUCAUUGAAUUUGUUAUGUUUUUUUAUGUGAAUUUAAUAUAUUCAAUAAUACUUGUCCUUAUUUGCUUUGACCAGAUAUUCAUUUAUUUUCAACUUUCAUCUCAGGAAAAGGUUGUGAGGAGCUAACUAUUGAAUGGAGUUUUGUGGACAAAGUCAUUGACUUCAUCAAAGUAGAGAAACGGGCAGGUUUCAGCAAGAAAAGUGGAGAUGAGUCCUUUCAGUUCUGCCUGGAUGACUUUCAGGAUGCUGUGGUCAUGCCUUCGUAUCGUAACAUUGAUCAACCCCAACAUUUCUAUGUAGCGGAGAUCCGCCAUGAUCUAAAUCCUCUUAGUCCAUUCCCUUCACCUGAACUCUAUAAAACAUUCCAAGUAGGUCAAAUUAUCAGUUUUUUAAAUUGUUUUCAAUGGUAUAAUCUUCUCUGUUCUGUCAAUUGUGCAAAAAAUUCAAAUGAAAGAAAAAAAAUCUUAUGUUAUAAUUUUCUCAUGGCUCCAUAAAUUUCUCCUGUACAUAUAUUUUAUUACUAUGUAAUACUGAAUUGAAAUAAAUGUGAAUGAUGUAAUCUGGCUGUCAUAUAAUGACUGAUACUCUAUUGUUACUUAAAUUGUGCUACUUCAUAUUGUUGGCAUGUUAUUCUUUCAUCAUUCAUAAAUUAUACCUUUCAUAAAUUAUGACUUUUCAAAUGAGGAAAAAAAUAUGUUCACACAGCUCUAAACUUUUAAAAUGUUUUUUUCUGUAAUUUUCUGCAGGAUUACUAUACCACAAAGUAUGGCUUGAUGAUUACAAACACGGAACAGCCCUUGCUGGACGUUGAUCACACUUCUGCUAGACUUAACUUGCUCACACCGAGGUUUAAAUACAUUCCUUCCUGGUCAUCUUUAACAUUAUCUUUGAAAAUAUCCAGCUAAUGAAGGCAAAGAUACCCAGCCAUCGAAGGCUAAGAUAUCCAGCCAUCGUGGGCAAAGAUAUCCAGCCAUCAAAGGCAGAGAUAUCCAGCCAUUGAAGGCAAAGAUAUGUAGCCAUCAAAGGCUAAGAUAUCCAGCCAUCAAAGGCUAAGAUAUCCAGCCAUUGAAGGCAAAGAUAUCCAGCCAUCUAGGGCAAAGAUAUUAAGCCAUUAAAGGCAAAGAUAUCUAGCCAUCGAAGGCAAAGAUACCCAGCCAUCGAAGGCUAAGAUAUCCAGCCAUCGUGGGCAAAGAUAUCCAGCCAUCAAAGGCAAAGAUAUCCAGCCAUCAAAGGCAGAGAUAUCCAGCCAUUGAAGGCAAGUUAUGUAGCCAUCAAAGGCUAAGAUAUCCAGCCAUCAAAGGCAGAUAUAUCCAGCCAUUGAAGGCAAAGAUAUGUAGCCAUCAAAGGCUAAGAUAUCCAGCCAUCAAAGGCUAAGAUAUCCAGCCAUUGAAGGCAAAGAUAUCCAGCCAUCUAGGGCAAAGAUAUUAAGCCAUUAAAGGCAAAGAUAUCCAGCCAUCGAAGGCAAAGAUAUCCAGCCAUUGAAGGCAAGAUAUCCAGCAAAGCCGUGUGUCAUUUAAAAUAAGAAAUUAUAAAAUCUUUUAAUGAAAACUUGAAAUUGUCCAGAAUUGAAACUUAAAAAUUAUUUCAUUGUUUAUAAUUCUAAUAAUGUUUAAAUAUUAAUCACCAUGCAAACGUUUCAUUAAUUUUGAACAGGUACAUGAAUCAGAAAGGAGUGGCCCUUCCUACGAGCAGUGCAGAAACCAAGAGAGCAAGGCGGGAAAAUUUGCAACAGAAGCAGAUUCUAGUUCCAGAACUUUGUGAUGUCCAUGUUUUCCCUGCAUCUUUGUGGCGUAAAACCGUUUGUCUGCCUGCCAUUUUGUAUCGUGCUAAUUAUCUCUUACUUGCUGACGAGCUGAGGCGGAAGAUUUCAAGGGAAACGGGAAUUGGCGUUGAAGAGCUCCCGCCAGGAUUUAGAUUUUCUAAACUCGAUUUUGGAUUUGAUACCAGUCCAGAAAAAUUAAUGGAUGCUGAGGUGAACUGCAAUAAAAAGAUUUCUUCCAACAUCAAAGAGGAAAGUGCUGAAAGAUCCCCGGACCCCGUUUUGUGCUGCAUGGAAAAGGAUUCCUCUAAUAAUCGGAUGAUAAAGGAAUCUUUGGUAAAUGACACAGAUAAAGCAAAGGAUGAAUCAUCAACUUCUUCAGACAGUGAUUCUGGCAUCGCUUCAUCCAGUUCUGACAAUAACAUUGAUAUAACUCCCAGUCACAAAAUUCUUAUUAAGUCUUCAGAACAUUUGGAGCACGGCUCUGUCAACCCUUCCAAAAAAUUCCAAGAGUUGUGUGGCCAUGACAAUAAUGUUAACCUGACUCAAUCAUGGUGCUUAGAUCAUAAUAAUAUAUUAUACAAUGUUACACCUCUAGGUAGCUCAUUCCCCGGCACGAACCAAUGCAAUAUUAUUUCUAAUACUGAGGCCGUUGAGCUUCCAUCUACAUCAUCUGCUGUACCGCAGCAGGACAGCAAUGGCAGCACAACUACCUCAACUGUGAUAAAUUUCUCUUGUACGUCAGCUCCUGCCAAAGUAUCACCAGACAAUGCAACAGUUGGUGCUACUAUUUCCAUCAUGGCGCCACCCUCCAUUGGGGUGGUCUCUUCAUGUGAACCUGACAAGCCUUUCGAUUCUACAGAUUCUGAGCCACUUGCUGCUGAGACUUUGCCCCGUCAAGCUAUUCAUGGUGACAAGACAUCUGUAGCAUUGAGCCUGCCUUGUUCCACAACAUCCUCAUCUACAUUAUUGACAUCAUCUGCACCUUUGGAAUCGCCAUCAGCUGCAACAUCCACUUGGAGCAUGCCCAUCACCUCAACUACUUUUGGUGAAAAAGGUCAUUCAAGUGAUUAUCCCCCCUUGUUUGUUUCAGCAUCAGAAGUUACGAAUGCAAGCACUAUUAACAAAGCCUGUUAUUUAUCACCAAGGGUACUCACAAAUUUCAAUUCUGAUGCUGCAAGCAACCGUGCAAAUUGCCAAGCUGAUUUAUUUAUAACUACUGAUAUUAAUGGUUGUGAACUGAAUAAGGGCCUUAAUGAUGCCAGCCCUGCCUUACUUGCAACAGAAACAAGUCCAGCAAUCGAUCACAGUCAUCCCAAUCAUUGUUCUUGUAUUAACCAUCCAUGUGUUCAUCAUUCAGAUGCUCAAAUUAUCUCUGCUGAUCAAAAACAUAUUCAUGCAAUAUAUAACAAUGUUUCUCACAACAAUGCCGAGAGCAGCAGCAACAGUGCUAAAAUUACGUCUGGAAAAGCUAAGUCCCAUAUCAAUGGUCACGUAAAGCAAGAUAUCAAAUACAGCGUAGCGCAACGCACAAUAAAUGAAUUCUGUAACCAAGACAAAACCGAGUCUAAAGGGCAUGCAAAAGCUAAAUGUCAAUUAUCUUCGGACGGUCCAGCUAUCAUCAUGAAUUCUUUAAGCCAAGAAUUAAGUGACCUGGACAUAGAUCUCAUAGUGCCUCAGGCAGAUACUCCAGAUACAUUCCAUUCUUUUGAAGAUUCCACGAGAUCUGGUGCAAACACAAGAAAAGAUAAUCAACACAAAAAAACAACAGUUAGAUUAUCGGCUCCUGCAAACAGUGAAUGGCCUAAGGGUCAACAAACUACCACCGUCGAUUGGCCUGACGUUCAACAAACUGGGAAUAGUGAACGCCUCAACUGUCAGCAGUUCACACUCCAUGAGCAAAGAAAACCUGUUCACAAAGGUUUUGAUAAGAUCUCUGUUGACAAAGGUUUUGAAAAGAUCUCUGUUGACAAAGGUUUUGAUAAGAUCUCUGUUGAUAAAGAUGAAACGGGCUCUGCAAAUGUUACCACAGAUAAUUAUAAUGCUACAGCAGCUGCUGAAGACAUCCAUGUCAUCAAGUUUUCUUUUAACACAGAUGAACCGGGCGUGAAAUGUAAAGAAGCCAAAGAACCUAGUCCACCUGAUAAUAAAAAAGAAUCUAGUCCUACUGAUAGUAAAAAAGAAUGUAAUCCACCUGAUAGUAAAAAAGAAUUACCUAAUGAAAACACAGAGAACAGAUUAACCUUUGACCUAACAAGGGUCAAGUCUCCACUUGAGACUCAACAGAGAAACACAGAAUUAGAAAUUGGGGUUUGGAAGUCCAGUGAAAAGAGGAUUUAUGAUAAACAUCAGGCAGCAGACUCACAUAGAGAGAAAAUCACAAGUCUUGAUCACAGCAGCUACAAUGAGAUGACAGAAACGAACCAUUCCCUCUGUCAGCCUACAUUCUCAUGUGUGACAACCGGCAGCUUGACUUCAAUUAGCUUGGACGAAGACAGGGAUCCGCAGACCUUUGUUGGCCCCAGUCCUUGCCUCAUAAUGCAAGCCCUCACCAUGUCCAACGCCAAUGAUUUCUUCAGCUUAGAAAGACUUGAGACUAUUGGGGACUCAUUCCUGAAGUAUGCCAUCACAGUCUACCUGUACUGUAGUUAUCCUGGUAUCCACGAAGGCAAACUCAGCUACCUGCGGAGUAAACAGGUACAUUUUUGUCUAUCCAUUGAAACAAACAUCAGAUGUUUUCCCAUUAACAAAUCAAAAGCAUAAUUAAAUUAGUAUUAAAGUCAUGCCAUCCAUUUCAAGAAGCUUUGAAUACUAUAGGUCAUCGUUAAUGGCUUAGAUGUUUUGCAAUCUAAUUCAUCAGAACUUUCAAAUGGACAUGUUCAGUGUGUAACAUUUUCAUUAUAUAUUUGCAUACUUAUGGUUGAAACAUUGCCAUAUUUGCACUAAUUUGCAGUAGUUGAUGGGGGCCUUCAAAGUAUAGAAAAAAUUGUGUUAUUGUUAUUGUUUCUGCUUGUUGUUUAUUUGAUCUUAGUUUUAUUGAAGAAAGGGGUAGUGUAUAAAUUUGGGAAAAAUGUAAGUAAUUGAAAACAAAAAUGACCGUCGGUGAAAAAUAGUAAUUAUGUGAAGAUAUUUCUGCUUUACUGUUACAGGUUAGUAAUUACAAUCUUUAUAGACUGGGACGUCGGAAAGGUCUUGCAGAAUGCAUGGUCUCCACUAAGUUUGAACCUUAUGAGAACUGGCUCCCCCCUGGAUAUGUCAUCAAUGAUGAAAGGAGGCGAGGACCCGUGCCGAAAGUUGUUAUUGUCACGCCAGGAUCCAAGAUCAACAACUCUUUGCGCAACUUCUACCUAGAUGAGACUGCUGAUGCAGGUUUGUUGGACGAACAUUUUUAACUUUUGUUUAAAAGAUGAAAUUAGUAAGUAUGCUUGUACUAAGGCAUGAUCCACAGCAUUUAUGCUGGUGUAUACAUUAACUCUCAAUGAAUCCUGUAGACAUAUUUAUGACAGAAGUAUUUUCUUUCAGCAAAGCGCGAUGAGGCUAUACUGUUCAACAAGGAACUAGAGUGGAUUCAACAGAGCCAGGAAGCUGACCAACAAGAGGAAGUUCAGGAACCAAACAACGAUAUGACUCCCUACAGCCUACAGUGUCACCACGGUCUACCUGACAAGAGCGUUGCAGACUGCGUGGAGGCUUUGAUCGGCUGCUACUUAACAACAUGCGGCCGGAAGGCGGCUUUGAUAUUCAUGUCCUGGCUUGGUCUUAGAGUAUUGCCAAAGAAAAAGAAGUUAAUCUUGGAUGUCAGUAAGAUAGAGGAGCAUGAGAAAAGUUCUGUGGGAAAGGUAAUUUUAACUACAGUGUCACUUAUCAAUUGUGAUAUUUUAUUGUAUAAAAAUCAUUUUGCCAUCUUUUAAAACAAAAAUUAGUAAUUUAUAAUGCUUUUGUAAUAUAAAACUGUUCAACUCUUGGCUUGCACUAAGUUAAAAUUUUAAAAAAACUAUCACAUGUCAGAAACAAUUCUCGAUUGAUGAAAAAUACAUUGUUAGACUUCAAUAAUAGUUUUUUUCAAAAGAAUGAAAUACUCUGUCACCAAAUAUCAUUGAGAUAAUCUCAGAUGCUUUGUAUUGAUAAACCCAAUUUUUCAGCAAAUAUAAUUGAGAUAAUCUCAGAUGCUUUGUAUUGAUAAAACCAAUUUUUCACCAAAUAUAAUUGAGAUAAUCUCAGAUGCUUUGUAUUGAUAAAACCAAUUUUUCACCAAAUAUCAUUGAGAUAAUCUCAGAUGCUUUGUAUUGAUAAAACCAAUUUUUCACCAAAUAUAAUUGAGAUAAUCUCAGAGGCUUUGUAUUCAAAGAACCAUCAGUUUUAUUUUUUAUUGUAAAUUUUAAAACAAGUUUUCAUUGAAAUUCUAUAAUUUUCAGCUAUCUGAACAAGAAUUUGAUGAACUUCGUUGUCCGCCAUCACCCAUGUUCUCUAAUACUCCAGCCAAUGUGGCCAAACUGAACCAUCUCCUGCAAGGCUUUGAUUCUUUGGAAGAAAAAAUCUGCUACAAGUUUAGAGAUAGGUCAUAUCUUCUGCAAGCAUUCACUCAUGCUUCUUACCAUUACAAUACCAUUACAGACUGCUACCAGAGGUAAUUAAGUAGUUUGUCAGUUAACUGUGAUUAACCCCAUAACUGUCACAAGGGCUGAUCAACUCUCUAAGGUGUACUCAUUUUGUCAUCAAAUAUUUUUCUAAUGUUUACUCAUAUAUCUCUCUAAAGUUUACUUGUAUGUCUCUUGGUUUACUUAUAUAUCUCUCUAAUUUGUACUCGUAUAUCUCUCUAAAGUUUACUUGUAUGUCUCUCGGUUUACUUAUAUGUCUCUCUAAUUUGUACUCAUAUAUUUUUCCUCAUUUUCUGUUUCGGGUUGAUCCUGAAGUGUCAAAGUGUCCUCGUUUUAUAGUCAUUUUCAUUGUUUCUAUAAAAUAGUAGUUACUAUCCUAGUGUCUCAUUUGAAUUUACUUAGUUUACAUGUUUUAAUAAUUGUAAAGCGCUUAGAGCUUUAUGAUAAGCGCUAUAUAAAAAUGCCUAAAUAAAUAAAUAAAUAAAUAUAUCUCUCUAAAGUUUACUUGUAUGUCUCUCGGUUUACUUAUAUAUCUCUUUAAUGUUUACUUGUAUGUCUCUCGGUUUACUUAUAUAUCUCUCUAAUUUGUACUCAUAUAUCUCUCUAAUUUGUACUCAUAUAUCUCUCUAAUUUGUACUCAUGUAUCUCUCUAAUGUUUACUCAUAUAUCUCUCUAACUUGAACUCAUAAAUGUUCACUCACAAGAUGAUUAACCAGUACACAAUAGAAAUUUAGCUGCACACAAACAUUUUAAAGACUGCUUUUGGGAGGGGAUUUUCCCAUGUACUGUUACAUACAAUAACCCAUAACAACUAUUACAAACAAUAACCCAUAACAACUAUUACAUACAAUACCCUAUAACAAAUUAUGCUACUCAUCACACAUUGUAAAAUUAUGAGUUUUGCUCUUAGUGUUAAGUUCUCAUGGUUAAAUAACGGAAGUGGAUUCUUGUCUAUAUUUUGAUUAGACGCCUUUUAAUAGUUUAUCUUCAUUUCAUAUUUAUAUCCAUUACAUAUUGAUAUCAUCCUGCAAUACAUUGAACCGGUGUGUAAUUACAGGGUUGAGUUUCUGGGCGAUGCCAUUCUGGACUAUGUCAUUACAAGACACCUGUAUGAGGACUCUCAGAAGUACUCUCCUGGCAUCUUGACCGACCUAAGGUCCGCUCUGGUCAACAAUAACAUCUUUGCUGCUCUGGCUGUAAAGUGGGGCUUCCACAAAUAUUUCAAAGCCAUUUCUCCCUCCCUGUUCCAAGUCAUUGACAAGUUUGUCAAACGUCAGAAGGAAAAGAAAGAGGAUGAUAUUGAUAUUGAUGAAGAAGUGAGCAACACUAGAUGUAAUAUACAUACAUUAUCCGUAGUUGCCAAACAAGAUGAUUGUUAAUGACUAUGUAAUGUAAUAUACAUAUGUUAGCCGUAGUUGCCAAACAAGAUGAUUGUUAAUGACUAUGUAAUGUAAUAUCCAUGCAUUAGCCAUAGUUGCCAAACAAGAUGAUUGUUAAUGACUAUGUAAUGUAAUAUACAUAUGUUAGCCGUAGUUGCCAAACAAGAUGAUUGUUAAUGACUAUGUAAUGUAAUAUCCAUACAUUAGCCGCAGUUGCCAAAUAAGAUGCUUGUUUAUGAAUAUGUGUCAUGUAUGACAAUAUUAUUCUGUUAAGCGGUUUGGAUUUAUUUAUUUUUAUUUUUUUAUUAUAAAAAAAUCCUUAAAAAUAUUUCCUAUUUAAAAAAUUACUUGUUUCAUAUUUUUUAAAAACUAAAAAGCAAGUAUUUUUUUUUUUAAACAACUAAGAGAUUGUUAAAACACGGAGAACUUUCUGAAGCCUUUUUUCUUAGCAAAGCAGUUUUGUUCACUAUUUGUUGCUUUAAUUCUUUAAAAAAUUUCUUUAUUCUUAUUAUACCUAGUAAAAAAUAAAUAUUUUUACCAACAGUUUAGAGAGCUGUCGUUAGAAGAAAAUGAACCUGAAGAGAACACAGAGGAGGAUGACGAAGAGGAGGAGGAGGUAGAGAUGGAAAUUCCCAAAGCCCUGGGAGACAUAUUUGAAUCCGUUGCUGGUGCUAUUUACUUAGACAGUGGAAUGUCACUGGACACAGUAUGGAGAGUUUAUUAUAGGAUGAUGAAACCACAUAUAGGUGAGACCGAUGUCAAUCAAACACUAAUUUAACUUCAUACUUAAAUUGGUCUAAACAAACAGAUUCUGCAGCACUUUUUAUAUAGUAAAGUAUGGUACCAAAAAACAUAAAAAUUGAUGAAUUGUUUUAACAUGACAUACUUCCCUCUAUCUUUAUAAAAUUAAAAUAGUAUUAUUUUUAAAUUUGUGGAGCUCGUAAGUUUAAUGAAGUCUGUUCUUACACUGUUGGAUCUUCAAUUUGAUCUGUUCUGUUGGAUCUUCAUUUUAAACUGUUCUAACUGUUGGAUCUUCAUUUUUGUUCCAUAGAUAAAUAUCUUAAGAGCAUUCCCAAGUCACCAGUGAGAGAACUGUUGGAAACUGAACCAGAGACAGCAAAAUUUGAGUGAGUUGAUUCCUAACUGAAAGUUUUAGUGAUUUAAACUUCUCUCAUAACCUUAUAAGUUUGCUUAAGAAAUUAUGUUUAAAAAAACUAAUAGAUCGUAAAAUUAGCUUUGCACAGCACGAGUCACUUUUAGUUAUACAUUAUUUGUUAUAAGGUCUGGUUAUUUGGCCUUAAUCUGUGUCUUAGAAUAUAAUUAUUUGCCUUUGUAUGGUGGCACUAGUUUAGACAAGUAAUGGAUGUGUAUUUGAUGGCUUGUUUCAGGCGCCCAGAGAGGACAAUGAAUGGUAAAGUCAGAGUUACCGUCAAUGUUGUAGGAAAAGGUGUCUUCAGCGGAGUAGGACGAAACUAUAGGAUUGCCAAAAGUGCUGCCGCAAAGAAGGCUCUUCGUUCUAUUCGCACUUUGAAUCAGAAUUUAAUGAAUUAA